CCGUCCCUCGAGGCCCCGCCCUCUCCCCGCGCCGCCCGGUCCCGGCGUGCGGCGGUGCCGGUGCCGGUGCGGCGGUGCCGUGGUGCGGGGCCGCCAUGGCGUGGCCCUGCAUCACCCGCGCGUGCUGCAUCGCCCGGUUCUGGAACCAGCUGGACAAGGCGGACAUCGCCGUCCCUCUCGUCUUCACCAAAUACUCGGAGGCCACCGAGCAUCCCGCGGCGCCGCGCCCCGCCGCCCCCAUCGAGACCCAGCCCGGCGGCGAGGCAGCGGCGGCGGCGGCGGAGCCGGCUCCCGGUCCCACCCGGCCCGGCCCGGCUCCGCACUCCUCUCCCCCCGCCGACUCGGUGAUGCGACACGACUACAAGCCCUGGAAGGUGCAGCGCCCGGAGCCGAGCUGCAAACCCAAGAGCGAGUACCAGCCCUCGGAUACGCCCUUCGAAAAGGAGACGCAGUACCAGAAGGAUUUCCGUGCCUGGCCCAUCCCCAAGCGGGGUGACCACCCCUGGAUCCCCAAACCGGGACCUUCCCCCGUGCUCGCCCUGGACCGCGGCUCCCCGGAGAAACCGGCUCAGGAGAAGCGCCGCAAGGUGCUCCCCGAGAAGAAGGAGGAAGACCCCGAGGGGGAGGAUGAGCAUCCCAAAGCGGUGCGGGCCGGGGACGGGAGAGAGAAGGCUCGGAAGAAGGCGGAGGAGGCGGGCGGGCAGCCGCCGGAGCCGGGCAGAGGCCGGGCGGCCGCCGAUGCUCUCAACAGGCAGAUCAAGGAGGAGGUGGUGGCGGCGGGGGUCAGCUCGUCCUACAGAAACGAGUUCAGACCCUGGAUAGAUGUCAAGCCUGUGAAAGCUAUAAAAGCGAAAUCCCAGUACAAGCCGCCAGAGGAGAAAAUGACCCAUGAAACCAGUUACAGCGCUCAGUUCAAGGGGGAAACCAGUAAGCCUACUCCAGCUGAUAACAAAUUCCUGGAGCGCAGAAGGAUACGCACUCUCUACAGCGAACCCUACAAAGAACCUCCAAAGGUGGAAAAGCCUAGCGUAAAGCCUUCCAAACCAAAAAAGACCACAACAAGCCAUAAACCCCUGAAAAAGGCCAAAGACAAGCAGAUUGCAUCUGGCCGGGCUGCCAAGAAAAAGAGCGCUGAGACCUCCAAUACAGCAAAGCCAGAGGACAAGGAGAAAAGUAAAGAGAUGAACAAUAAACUGGCUGAGGCAAAAGAGUAAAUGUCACUGCACUUUCCUUUCUUUCUUCUUUCUUUUUCUUUCUUUCCUUCCCCCCCCCCUUUUUUUUCUUUGAUUAAAUAAAGGCCACAAAAUUAAUUAGAGGCUUCUAAUCUGCUUUUUGUUCUGGUUGUACUAGAAGCUUUUCUGUUUUAUUUCCAAGGAGGAUUAGAGAAUCCUUGUUUCUGAGGUCAGGUUGUUCUGCUUUGCCUGCACAACGUGGCUCUGCACAGAGUGAGGGACGUGGGAAUGCACAAGCCGGAUCGUAGGAGGCAAAAGUGAUGGAUCAACUGUGAUUGCGUCCAACAGCACAUCCCUUUCCUUGGGCCUGGUCCUUCAGUGCUUUGACAGUGUGGAAGUGCCUCUUGAGCCAUGGGGGGGCUGUACCGCCAUCCCAUGAGGCCCUCUUGGGGUUGGCUGUUGUUUGGUUAUCUCCCACUGGUGUCAACAGGUGAAAGGUUUAGAAGGCAGAGAGGAUAAAAGAUUCAUUCACAGUGCUAUGGAUCUGCUGUAAAUCUGCUAGAAUCAGUGGUAUGACUAAGAGCAGUUUCCUCUCAUGACACUGGUGGAACUCCAGGAAGCAACAGGAAAGGAGAUCCCAUGCAAAUCAAGGGCCAAAUCCUCCCCCAGGGUAGCUAGGGGUUAAGUCUAGCUGGAUUAGGGCUGCUUCACCCAUCAACACCACUUGAAGGCCUUGAUUUAAAAAAGAAAGGAGUGAGGGAAGGCACAGAGAGCAGUGAAGACUUCCCAAGCAUGUGGCAUGUCAGACUAGGUUAUCAGCAGGCUGUUCUUCCCUAUUGUUUCCCCUAGUUAUCUUUUUAGUUAUUCCUGUUUUGGUUUGAAUCUUGGUCUGCUUUCUUCACUUCUGGGCUGCCAGUAAGUAGACAGAGCUAGAUUUCAGAAGAGGUUUAGUUCGCAGAUGUGGCCUUCCAAGGAGUAGUAUGAAAUGAAUCACCAAGGUUGGCUAGAGCUAUCAAUCCCCAUUGUUUUGACUCUGACAGCUGUUGGAGUUCAUGUUGGCUCAUGAGCAUCGUAAGAGGGCCAUAAACCACUUACUGGGAUCCCCAGACUCUUUUCGGGCAGGAUCUCAGAGUUUAAAUCCUAUUUAUUGUGCUCUUACUCUAGGAAAUUCCCAAGCCCAGCAAGACCAGUUUGGAAGCUGUAAACGCAGUGGAACCAUUUGUUAGUGAGUAUGAACUGGCCCAACAGACUGGCAUUGCAUAUCCCAAAAUUUGGAUCAUUGUGUCAAUGGGAGCUGGGAGGGACAUGGUCCCAAUCCAAAUUUAUGUGCCUAACUCCUGGACUAGGUCCUAGAUGUGUAAGGAUGAAUCUUGGUCCCACCAAAAUGAGCUGUUAAACUCUCCUGUAACAGACUAGCUGCAAGUCAAGAUGUAGGGUCCUUUUUCAUAUUUGCAGCUCAAUAUUUCUACCCUUGAAACUUCCACAGAACAGACAGUUGGGAAGAAUGAAGAAGGAGGGGAAGUAGGGUAAGAAGGUGGUGUAAAAGGUAACUAACAGAACUGUGUUGCUGUAGAAGUGUUUGAAUGAGAAAAAUCUUUCUGCUAGGAUAUUUUAGGGAUGUGAAGCUAUCUAAAAGGAAAUGGGAUGGACCAGGAGGGUAAGGAGUCCCAUUUUUGGGGUCUCACACCAUUAGAAUUGGGUCUUUUGGAAACUGGGUUAGUGGUGGGCUACAAGGCUGAGAGAACGUUUCCAAAGAGGAGGAAAGCUCUGUGAUAUACAGAUAGUGAUAUUUGCUGGCCUUAGUAAUGAAUAAAUGCCAAGUUCAGUGUAUUGUGUGAUGUGUCCUGUUUGCCUCGUGCUAACAGCCUAAAGCUUUGAGUAUAAGUAAGUGUAGUGUUCUGAAUUCAGUGGUGUAUUUCCAAGCUUAGCUGUGUUAGAACUGUGUGCUAUGAGCUAGUCAGGUUGUGUAUGUGGAAAAUAUAUAUUCAUAUAUAGAAAUAUAUAUAUUUAAUCCUCCAAUGUUAAGGAGGAAACCAGGGAAAUCCUCCAGGAAGUAAAACUGUGGAAAUCUUUGCGAAUGUAGUACAUUUUUUGAUGUGCAUGCUCCAUGGAGACUCUGAUCUGUCCAUAAUGACCAUUGCUUUUCUGAGUGCUCAGAAGUCCCUGCAGCCCUGCUUGAGUGCAAAACUGAGCUCUGUCUCCAGAGCAGCUUGGCAAAAGGUUUGUGUUGAGCUGGUGGAGAGGAGUGCCGCUCACAGCUCUUCCCACCCCGUCGCACAAGAUACAACUGGCCUUAGAAGCUUGGGCUUCCAAGACUUGGUGUGAUUCCUUGGCAUUUAGAUGCUUCAUCCAUCUUCACACUCGUCAGUAAUGUCCUUUCCUAUCACAGGAUAUAGUAACAGCUGUGAAGAUGACAUGUCACAGUAGCUAAAAUAUGUCAGGAAGGCAUGUAGACAGUUACCAAUAGCCCAACACACCAAUCUCACUGUACAUGAAGAAAGACCAUGCCAAACGAUUCUCCCAAUUGUUUCUUGGCCUGAAGCUUCACAUUCAAAGAGACAGCAGAUUUGCCACCAUUUCAUCUUGAAUUCAAUGAGAAUUUAGUCCUUGACUUCAAGAGUAACCAAAUUUUGCCCAAGGAUGCUCAGACCACUCAAUCCAAGCAUCUCCAUGACUCUGGAUCAACUAUUCAUCAUGUAGGGCUUCAGGGGUGCUUCUUCUCAAUGAAAGGGCAUCCAUUACAGUGUUCAAAUGAAACAUGCACAGUGAGUGGU